AUGUCUGCCUCUAACACCUUUACCUCUGGUGAAAAGCUCCCAAUCCUCGACUACUCCAAUUGGGUUGAUUGGAGUGAAUACUGGCAAGAUCAUCUUAUCCUCUACGACCUAUGGCAGUACGUCGAUCCAACAUCUACAGUGACGGUGCCACCCCCUACGACCAAUGUCAAUCGAGAUAUUGCUAAAACGUUAACCGAAAACCUUACCAAAAUCCGUCAACAUGUGUCCCCUGAAUGUCGCAAGCUCCUAGUUGGCCAUACAAACCCAAGAGACCUCUGGUCCUCACUCAAGGCUGGCUGCGACCGCGGGACAACUCUCCCAUUAAUUGCUCAAUACGAAUCAUUCCACAACAACAAGUGGGAGCCAAAGGAUACCAUUUCUACCUACACAAGUCGUUUCCGCAAUAUCUUUCUUUCCUUGGAAAACACCUCUUACAAAAUCCAUCGAGAUAUAGCCGUUCACAUCCUCGUGGAUCGACUCCCUGACUGUUACAAAACUGAAGGUCAAACGGCAAAACAAUUGAACCUUCCCUUCAUUGAAACAGUGACCUACCUGCUUGCCAAUAUUAAAGAUUCCUCUUCUGAAGGAGACAACACGUCUGGCCAAGCCCUAGUAACUCGAGGCCGUCGUCCGAACCGCAGAACAAGCUCUCGGAACCUCCGUAAUGGAGGCAAUAACUCAAAUUCAAACCGUCGUGAACGAUCAAAUCGAAAUUCUCGGAAUAAGCGACUUAUCUGUAACUGGUGCAAACGAGAGGGCCACUACGAGCGUGACUGUCAUAUUCGACAACAGCAACUAGACUCUGGCGCUGCAAAGCUUGACAGAGGUCGUGCCUACUUAGUUCAACAGCCAAGCAAGGGAUCUGGUACUCAACAUCUCAAGUUGGGCUUAUAUUCUAGUCCUCAACGUCUGGUUCGUACCAAAAUUGACAGAGAACUGCUGUCCUUGCAGCUCCUUGAUCGAGCUGGCUACUCUACUCUUAUUGAAAAUGGCAUUGUCUACAUACGGCAGCAAGGCGACUCAAAUUCCGCAUGGUUUCAACUAGCCAAUUCGAAGCAUGGAGAUCUUUAUCGAAUGCAUAUAAGUCCUGCAUUUCUAGUGAAUGCCCCACGAGCUCUCCGUACAAGAGAAUUCAGUACACUCAGGCUAUGGCAUAAUCGCCUAGGCCACCGAAAUUUUCGAUCAGUGGGAGAUCUCAUGAACUUAUCUGUGCCGCGUCAACCACCUACAUGCACAGCGUGCCUACAAGGUAAAAUGAAGGCAGAUUCGCACCCUCCUGUGCUUGAACGUUGCAGCAAGUCAUUCGACCGCGUGCAUGCCGACCUUAUCCCCUUGGACAGUAUCUCCCUUGGUGGAUCUAAGUAUAUGUUACUACUGGUUGAUGAUUACACUCGCUACGCAUGGUGUUACUUUGCCUCAAGCAAGAAUGUUCCUGCAAUUACGCCUCUCCUACAAGGAUUCAUAAACUUGGUCCUAACUCAAUUCAAUGCUGUAAUCAAGUCAUGGCGAACUGAUGGCGGUACUGGUGAAUUCAUAAAUAGCAUGGUCAAAGAAAUAAAUCGCCAAUACGGAAUACUUCACCAAAUCUCUACAUCUGGUGUCAAGCAACAGAAUGGUGUACUGGAACGACGAGUUCAGACAAUCAAGAAUAUGGAACGCUCUAUGAGAGCUGGUGCUGGUGUCCUAGAUGACUACCGACUACAAGCUGAGUCCCUGGCCACCUCGGUAUUUCUAACUAACAUCCUGCCAUCCACUACUCUAGGCAAUAUAUCCCCACACCUUCUUUUAUAUAAGAAGCAACCACCUCUUACUACCUUGAAGCCCUGGGGAUGCCUCGUCUGGAUACACCUUCGAAAGGAGCACCGCAGCUCGAGCUCUGAUCCUCGCUGCAGGCCAGCCAUGAUGGUAGGCUAUAUACAAGACUCAAAGUCUAUUUAUAAAUGUCUUGAUCUUCAUACUCUGCAAACAAGCAAUCACUCUGAAAUCAAGUUUGAUGAAGACCUUUUCCCUGGUCCAUGGCUCAAACGCCCUGCCGGUUUUAAACCGUCUAUUGCACAUAAAAGAAAUCCGCCUGGUUCAGCGGUCGAUACUGUACUUGGUCAGUCAGUACCGGGAGCGCUUCCCAAUGUAUCAAGCGUACCAUUUUCCUCGAUGAACCCCUUCUGGCUGCAGCAAUCCCAACCACCUGCAGAUCCUGUGAACCCGGAAGAUCCUGCAAAGCCAGUAGAUCCUAUGGAACUAGCAGAUGUAGCCCAAAGGGCAUUGGACUCCCCCCAGUCCCUGGCACUCCGAAUGGACAGCCAGCCCAUCUACAACCCACGAGGAAGCGUUGUAUUUGGCACCUGCGUCAAAAUCCAUGAGCACGAUACUACUAGGGAGCUUGUGGAAGCCGCUUUGAUCGUGCAAGGCAUGGAGUCGCUCUCCUGCCCACCCUGGCAAACAGCAGAGAGGAUCCAAACAGACCACAAUGGAGAUCCUCUCUCCUAUUCGGAUGCCUUGCUCCAGGAUCCGAUUAGGUGGCCACCAGCAGUGCAAGAAGAACUGAAAUCUCAUGAAGAGAAUGGAACUUGGAUAGUUCAAGAGAUCAGUCAGAUGCCAAAAGGGUGUAAGCCGAUCCCCGGCAAGUGGGUAUUCAAGCGUAAACCGAGUCCUGAUGAAGGCAUUCGCUAUAAGGCACGAUUGGUGAUUAAGGGAUUCCUCCAACGCUUUGGAGUAGACUUCAUGGAAACUUAUGCCCCAACUGCCUCAUUAGCUGCAUUCCGACUCCUGGUGGCAAUAGCUGUGCACAAUGGCUGGUCCUUACGCAAUCUUGAUAUUAUUACCGCUUUUCUAAAUGGCGAUAUAGACUCUGAAGUCUAUAUGGGGAUACCAGAAGGCAUGGAUUUAGAUCCAAAGAAAUAUGUUUUGAAACUGCGCCGGUCUCUGUAUGGACUUAAACAAGCUCCGCGCAUCUGGUGGGAUAGGAUGACCUCAUUCCUAUUGAAAGCAGGCUUCUAUCAGUGCGAUGCUGAGCCAGCUAUAUUCAUUCGCAGCCUGGAUAACAAAUUCCUCAUACUCCUCCUAUUUGUCGAUGACAUCCUGCUAACUGGUGACCAGGACGCAAUUGAAGAAUUCGUCAAAGAAUGCUGCAAUGAAUUUAAAACUCGAGAUAUAGGAACACCUAGGCGCUUCUUAGGCAUCCAUAUUGAACAUCGGAAUGGCAAAGUGAUAUUGCAUCAGAAGGCAUAUAUACAGCGAAUUCUCGAGCGCUUCAACGCACCCACGAAUCCUGUUGCAACUCCACUUGAUCCCAAGCACCCACUUGUUGAGGCAACUGAUGCAGAAAGUCUAAACGAAACAGAUGCUUUAGAAUACCGUGCUGCAGUGGGAGCGCUAAUCUAUCUCAUGAUUUGUACGAGACCUGAUCUUGCAUUUGCACUUUCUCGCCUCUCCAAAUUUGUGCAGAAACCAGGUAUAAAGCAUGCCGCAGCGCUCAAGCGUGUACUCAGGUAUCUGGCUGGCACCCAGAACCUGGGCAUCGCCUACUGCAAAUCAUACUCCAAUGACUCAGUCUUAUAUGGCUACAGCGACUCUGACUUUGCCGCUGAUUUGAAUAACCGACGUUCAACUUCCGGUUUCAUAUUCCUUUUGAAUGGCGGCCCAAUAUCAUGGAAAUCAAAACAGCAAUCUUUAGUUACCAGCUCAACUCAUGAUGCUGAGUAUGUUGGACUGGCAACUGCAUCAUAUGAGGUUAUCUGGCUUCGGAAACUCAUUCUCGCUAUCCUGCCUCAGUAUGCAGAACAUACGAUGCCUUCCAACACAAUUCAUUGUGAUAACCAAGGCGCCAUUGCAACUGCGAAUCAACCUAGUCAUUCGCCCUCUACUAGGUCAAAACAUAUCGAUAUCCGUUUCCACGUUAUACGCGAGGCUAUCGCAAAUGGCCUUAUUCGUCUGGAGUAUAUUCGUACAACAGAAAUGACGGCCGAUAUAUUGACGAAAGCACUACCGAAGGAAUUGCAUGAACGUCAUGUAAAAGGAAUGGGAAUGGAAUCGAUAUGACAUGUACCUGAACUGGCCUGGUUUCCUCCAUGAUUUUUCAUCCCACAGGGUUUUGCAUGGAGGUUUUCCCCCAGGACUGCCUGUAUAUACUCUUUUUUUUUCCUUCUCUUCUUUUCUCACUCUCUCUCCUUUCCCCAUUAAAAUCACCCGUGAUCUAGUGGGAGGAACCUAGCCGAUCUGACGCCUUUGGUGAGAUCCCGGAUGAGUGGGAGUGUCAGCGUGCUACACCCGUGGAUCUCCCUCCGGCGCGGAUCAACUAUGCUCCGAGAGUCAUGUGACCUCCGUAAAGGGGUCAGCGCAGCUGUAGUUAGCUUAGAUAACCAAUAACAACAACCAACACAUU